AUGAGUUCCUCUUCAAUUCCCGCCACUUCUCUUGAAGCAGAGAAGAAAGAGAUGGAUGAAGUAAAGAUAGAAGAGCGUUGCCUUGAAAAUAAGCAAUUAACACCUGCUUCGAGCUCCUCUCAAUCUGAAGAAGGUAGUGGUAGUGCUAUUCUUAGGUCUCCGGGAGUUUCUAGUCCGGCCACCGCAUCACCAACUCACAGGAGAACUACUGGGCCAAUUAGGAGAGCCAAAGGUGGUUGGACUCCAGAGGAGGAUGAGACAUUAAGAACUGCUGUUGCAACUUAUAAGGGGAAGAGUUGGAAGAAAAUAGCUGAGUUCUUUCCUGAUAGAUCAGAAGUGCAAUGUCUGCAUCGAUGGCAGAAGGUUCUUAAUCCUGAACUUGUUAAAGGACCCUGGACUCAAGAGGAGGAUGAUAAAAUUAUUGAACUGGUAGCAAAAUAUGGACCCACAAAGUGGUCUGUCAUAGCAAAAGCUUUGCCUGGUCGCAUAGGGAAGCAAUGCCGAGAGAGGUGGCACAAUCAUUUGAAUCCAGAUAUAAAAAAGGAUGCUUGGACAUUGGAGGAGGAAUUGGCACUCAUGAAUGCCCAUCGGAUAUAUGGGAACAAAUGGGCUGAAAUUGCAAAGGUUUUGCCUGGAAGGACUGAUAAUUCAAUUAAAAACCACUGGAAUAGUUCCUUGAAGAAAAAAUUAGAUUUCUAUCUGUCUACUGGGAGACUACCGCCAAUUCCAAAGAAUGGUAUCCAAAAUGGAACUAAAGAUACAAGUAAAUCAGCUGUGACAAAAACAAUGAAAGAAUCAGAUUCAGCUGCCCAAACGUCAUCAGGAACUACUGAUAUAUGUAAGCUAGAAGAAGAUGGAAAAGAUCAGUUAGAGUCUACACUGGUGCCAGAAGUAGCAGCUUCGUCCAGUGUUCUUCCAAAUGAGUCUGCUGAUUCUGUAGAUCUUAGCUGCUGUGAUUCAGAGUCAAUGCAAAAGUUUGAGAAUUGUACAGUCAACUAUGAAGAUCAAGACAAAGGUAUUGGGUCUGGAUUGCAAUUUGACAACUCAACUUAUGGUUCUUUGUAUUAUGAGCUGCCACAAGUAGAAGCUUGUAUUGCAUUAGAUUCAGAUCCUUCAAACAUGGGUAACGUGCAGCUUGAGAACAAUUCUACUCCAGUUUCAUCUCCUGUUAGUUUCUUCACCCCACCUUGUGUAAAGAGUAGUGGUUUGAGUUCACAAAGUCCAGAAUCUAUAUUGAGAAUUGCUGCCAAGAGCUUCCCUAACACUCCUUCAAUAUUUCGAAAGAGGAAGGUUGCUCAAGUGCAUCUGCUUCCUAGCAAAAUUGGAAAAGUAGGUGAGGAAACUGUCAAAGACAGGUUAGACACAUCUGCUGAACUUGAAAAAACUAAAAUUACUUUGGAAAAGACAGCUGCUCAAGAUGGAAGUUUGUGUGCCAGUCCUGCUUCUUUGGGUAAUGGUACUGUUCAGCCUAAUGAUAAGCCUUUUAAUGCAUCGCCUCCAUAUCGGUUAAGAUCCAAACGAACUGCUGUCUUCAAGUCAGUGGAGAGACAACUUGAGUUUACAUUUGAAAGAAACAGGAGUGAUGGUACCAAAACUACAGGAUUAUCUGUGAAGGGGAGCUCUCCUGUUACUGAAGAUGGUUCUCGUGCAACAAAGAUGGGGGUGACCUAG